AUCGUGAAGCAUGAUGGCAGCAGGCAGCAGCACGGAGAUCGUGCAUGUGAGACGCGUGACCACCUUCUUCUCCUUUUACAGCUCACAAAGGCAAGGCUCGAUCGGAGGCAGCAGGAGCAGCUAAACCCCUUUUUCCGGCAAGCAAGUGUAGAAUAAUUGGAUCUCGUGCUCGGAAAGAUGGCGUAGGUGUGUGCUCGUCGCGGGAGAGCAAUCCCCGGGAAUCUUCGCCUUGCGCGCCCCAAUCAUGGCGCUGCAGGUGCAGGCCUGGUCUCGCAGUACUCUCGCCUCGUGCUGCUAGGCUAGGCUAGCUACUUGUUGCAAGCUUUAUCCAUCGCAACCCCACGAAAUCGUACUCUACCUCGCGCGCCGGCUCGUCCUGUCAUUCUCGAUCCCCUGCUCGGCAGAAUUAUCAAGGAGCGGCGGACGUACGUCUAUGAUCGUCGCGAGCUUCGACGACGGCGACGGCAUGGAACGGCAGACCAUGGGGCUGGGCGGAGGGUACGGCGGUGUGAGCGUGUCGGAGCUCGUGGCGCGCGUGGAGGAGCUCGGCGCGGAGCUGGAGUUCGAGAGGCGGAUGCGGCGGAAGGUGGAGACAGUGAACGAGGCGCUGGCGGCCGAGCUCGCCGAGGAGCGGCGGCGCGGCGAGGCGGAGCGCGCGAGGGCGGCCGGCCUCGCCAGGGCGCGGGAGGAGGAGGUCGACGAGGAGCGGCGGAUGCUGCGCGUCGCCGAGCUGUGGCGGGAGGAGCGGGUCCGGAUGAAGCUCGCCGACGCCCGCGCCGCCGUCGAGGACGCGCUCCGGGAGGUCGCCGACGCCGGCCACCGUGCCACCAUUGCCACCGCCGAUCGCUGCAGUUGCUGCCGGAGCAGCGGAGGCGGCGCCGGCAGCCCGAUCGGCAAGCCAACCGGGACCCCGGCGAGCGGCCAGCAGAGUCCGGCGAGCGGCCAGCACGGCCAAUCGCACCGGCGAGAAGCCACCACCGGCGGCGGCGGCGGCGAGAACCCGCACAUCAGGAGAGGGAUCAAGGGGUCGGUGGAGUUCCCGAGGGCCGUGCGCGUGCGGCCGCGCGGCGGGGAGCGGGCGGACGUGGUGUCCAACCUCGAGUGCCAGCGGGCGCAGCUGCGGGUGCUCAUGCGGCACCGGAGCCCGGCGGACGCCGGCGCGCCGCCGGAUAAUCUCGUCGUGUAACAGUUAUUGAUACUCCUAGUACUUAAUUACGUGAAAUAUUUUGUGAGAUGUGAUCAUUGUUAGUACUCCGCGCAUGAUAUUUCACAAAACGGAAAUAUAUGAAAAAGGGGAUUUGUAAUAGAAAA